GCUGAGCAGACAGACAGACAGUGCCGCAGAGAGCAGACAGACAGACAGGCCGCACAGGAGCAGGCCCAGACAAAUACAAAGAGACGAGGAAGAGCAGCACGCACGGUCCGAGAAAAAUAAUCCUCCCCCUGUAGCGAGCAGUGUCUGUGUGUGUGUGUGUGUCGUCGCUUCUGCUGCCUCUGGACUAAGAGUAAAUACAUUCAGCCAUAAUCACCCUUUGUCAUAAGAGACACUAACGCGUUUUGCGACGGAGAUAAAUAAUUGAAAAAAAUGCGGCUGUCCGACUGCGCAUCCCUGGGAGUCAAUUGGGAAACGCUGCGCCAGUGUCCCGGCUGAGAGACGGAGCCGAUCUCACCCAGCGUAAGCGGCCCAGCUCUUCUCUCGCUCCCCCCUCUCCUGUCAUUACACAAUAGACCACCGCUUCCCCCAAAAUCAUCGUUUCAAACAUGUGUGCAGGGAGACAGAAUAAAUCUUGUGUGUCGGCCAAUGCGCCCCUGCGUCGGUCCCAUCCUGCAGAAGCAUGUCCCGUCGGAAACAGAAACGACCCCAGCAGCUUAUGAGCCUGACCCUCGGUGCCUGUCGGAUACAUGAGCAUGAUGACAACUUGGCAGUGAAGUCACAGUCCUUUCCAUUUAGCCCGGAUUCUCCCUUGUGUUCCCCAUCUUCUCCUCAAAGUUCCCAGCUGCUCCUUACUCUACGUUCAUCUUUCAAGGGGUCCCAGACCCCCUCUCUACCCAGUGAGAGUCCACCGUCAUCUUCACCAAGCCGGCCCUCCCACCAACCCUCCAAAGACCCAAAGCCCUCCCUCUCAGCUGACCUCCCUAACUCUUAUCUCUCUUCCCAAACUCAACAUUCACCUGCACUUGAACUAUCUGGUUUCAGUCCAACAUCCUCUGCAAGUUUUCUCACCCAUUCUUCCCGAAGUGCACACAUGGCCUCUCCAAAGUUGGGACUGUCGGCCACCACCACAAACUCUUCCUCUUCCUCAUCAUCCUCUGCCUCCCUAUGUCCUCCACCACACCCUGGAAGCCCCAGUCGCGUGCCCGACGGCCCCCCAAGUCCUGUUACUCCCACCCCCAGCCCAGGAGUGACAUCUGCCUCAGCUGCACCAUCUAGGGCCCAGUUAAGCAUUGCCCUGAUCCUGGAGGAGCUGCGGGUGCUGCAGCAAAGGCAGAUCCAUCAGAUGCAGAUUACAGAAGAAAUCUGUAGACAGGUACUACGCCUCGGUGGAGCCUCCUAUACUAUAGACACACCCUCACAGCAUCUUCUCCCUCCCUCUCCUCAGCUCUGCUUAGAAGGCAGCAAAAGAGCAGUCAGCCCAACUACCCUGCCAACUCCAACGCAGCCUGGCACUUCUGUUGCUCCUCUUCUGGCAUGUUUCUCCUCUCUACUUCCCUCUCAGGCUGGCAACAGACCCACAAGGGCAAGCAGUUCCUCAUCUCAAAUCCUGCAGCCCCACAAGCCCCAAAUGGAAGGAACAGGAAUUACUUCAGGGGCUCAUAGUUAUCUGGGGAUGGGCUCUCAUUCCUCUGCAACCUCAACCACUUCCUCUGCUGCCAUCUCCAUGGCUUCCUCUGCUUAUCCAUUAGCCCUGUCUUUAGCUCUGCCCAACCGCUACCUUCAUGAGAAAUCUUCAAAUACCACCUCUAUGAGUGGGCACAGUGGCCUCUCCCUCCUAAACUCAUCCCUUCCCACAUCAGCUUCUAUUGGCCCAAACUCCCAAAAUGCUCUGCAGUCUGUCUCUGGAGGAGGAGACUCAUCCCCUUUAUCCAUCUCCAACAUCCCUGGUCGUCUUCAACAUGGUUGCCGCUUUUGUGGGAAAAUGUUCAGCAGUGACUCUGCCCUGCAAAUACAUUUACGCUCACACACAGGGGAACGACCCUACCAGUGUCCAGUGUGCCUCAGUCGCUUCACUACAAGAGGCAACCUUAAGGUACAUUUCCUACGCCAUCGAGAGCAGAACCCAGAGCUCUCACUUUCCCUCCUGCCACCUUCUUUGUUUGGGGUUGCAUUAGGGGCCACUGGCGGAUCAGACAUGGGGCAGACCAUGGGCAGUGGUAGCAGUAGUUGUGGCAUGAAUAUGAUUCAAAAGAAGCGAAAAAGGCCCGAGGAUGAAAUAUUUGGAGAUAAUCUGGAGGUCAGUGGCACCAGUAGUAGCUUUUCUCUGGGGGCCUCUGGAGGGUCUGCCCCUUCCACCCUACCCCUGCCCCCUACAGUGGAUCUGGCAUUGAUUUCCCACUCUCUACUCCAGCUGAAUAGGGCUGCAGCUGUAGCCGCAGCAGCCUCUAUCGCCUCUGGCACAUCCCACUCACCGUCAUCCUCUUCAGCCUCCAUUUCCUCUCUGGCUACCUCCCUCCUCUCGAACUCUUCUUUGUCCUCGUCUUCCACCAUCACAGGAUUACUCAAGGGUGCCAAGCAGCAGCACUUUGAUGAAAACACUCCCCCUCAUGCCCCAAUACUUUCUCCUGCAGCAUACUCUCAGCUAGCCCAACUGCCGAAGCUCCUCUUCCCAUCUGUCUCCACUUCUUCCUCUACCCCUACUGCACACUCAUCCCUCUACAACCAUCCAGCCCUGAGCUUGUUGCGAACACCACUACCCUCUACUCCAGGCUCUCUCCAACUUCCAUCUUCGAGCCAUUCUCAGCUUUCUUUCCCAUUUUCUUCCUUUCCCAAAGUCCCAGGUGCACCAACAACCACUCAAUCCUCCCUGCCUUCCUCCAUGGCUUCCUCUACUCCUACAUCAGAAACUUCCAAGUUGCAGAGGCUGGUGGAGAAACUAGAGAAGGCCUCUCCCCAUUCCUCUUCUCCAUGGACAUCUUCCUCUACUGCCACUUCCAUGCUGGAGAUGCUAUCUAGCAGUACCAGUACUUCAGCCAACAAUCGUUUCACAAAUGCCAGCACUUCCACCACAUAUGUCAUGGCGUCCCCACCAUCUUCUAAUCUUGUCACCACUUCUGUUUCAAAUCUCACCCAUGAGAUGAUGGCUGCCCUAGGCAUGAGUAACAAUGCAGCCAGUGCCAUGGUGGGUGGCAUGUUACCAUCACUGAACAUUACAGGUCCAGCUGCUAACCUGACAGCCAACCAGUGUGGGGUUUGUUUACGGGUACUGAGCUGUCCUAGAGCACUGCGUCUGCAUCAGGCUACACACCUUGGAGAACGCCCUUUUCCAUGUAAAAUAUGUGGACGAUCCUUCUCUACUAAAGGCAGCCUGCGGUCGCAUCUGGCCACCCACCAUGCUCGACCAGCAAAUGCAAGGGUCCAGAACUCUUGCCCUCUGUGUCAACGGAAGUUCACAAAUGCCCUAGUGCUUCAGCACCACAUCCGUAUGCAUCUCGGUGGACAGUUGCCCCCAGAUGGCACAGACGAUUCUGCACAUGAAAUUCCACCUGAAUCUAAUGCCAAAAAUGUCUCACAAUCCCACUCCCAGUCCACUGAUCCAAAUACUGCUUCUAGUAAAACACCCCCUCUAGCUGGCCUCUCUGAAAGCCCAGCCCCAAGUUCACAAUUUCAAGCAGUUGGCUCAGUCCCUGUCUCUGGUAAUAUGAAAGCAAGUGAUUUCAUCCAGCAGAAUCCUAGCAAAUCUGCACCCUGUAGCCCAGACCUCAUCCCCCCUUCCAGCCUUAGCCCUGACCCCUUCAUGAAUCCAACAAUGCAAACACCAUCACCGGGCAGUGUAGAACCCCCUGUCCUUUCUGUCAGUACCCCUUUGCCAUCCUCCCAAGAGACAGUUCAAGAUUCCCCAGUUAGCCAAGAUAACCGAGUGGAGCAAAUUACUGGUGAUGUUCAUCCUACUAAGUCCACCCCUCCACCAAUUACCUCCAAUGUUACAAAAACUACAGUAACCCUUAUAAAUAUUGAUGAGGACUGUGGAGAUAAUGUAGAAUCUACCUCCUCUGAUGCCUUUCUUGGCUCCAGCUCAAACUUGGACAACUUACAAACCACACCUGCCCUUGGUGCCCCCUCUGCUUGUACCUCCUCUAACCCCACCCUGAGUCCAGAUGUUCUGAAAGUUAAUGUAACAAAAACCUUGGAAUCAGUCUCAGUCUGCCCAAGGCCCCAAUCACCAGAAUCCAUGGAAGAAGACAAAGAUCCAUCUCCUUCACUAGUAACACCAAAACAAGACCCAUCAACUGUGCCUGACGAGGACAUCAAGAAGACUUCCAAUUUGGAGACUGCAGACACUGUUGAUGCUGAAUUAAGAGGGGCAACACAGAGAGCUGCCACUUUUGUGAGGGAGACACGUCAGAGCUUUCAUUUUGGUUCAUAUCGGAGGGAGGACCGAGUGGAAUGUGUUAAGAUUAGUGGAUUAGCUCCAAGUGAAGCUCUGGAUGCUUCUGUCCCAAUCAACCUGGCUCCAACCCUGCCAUCUCCAAUGUCUCGUCCUGAGAAGAAGACAUAUUGCUGUGCUGAGUGUGGGAAAGAGUACGCCAGUCGCAGUGGAUUGAAGGGGCACAUGAAGCACCAUGGUGCAGUAACCAAAUCACCACGUCCACCAGCCCGGACUAGUCGUUCCUCCGCUGAACAACUACCUUCUUCCACAUCUAUGACUUCCUUGAACAUUCCUGCCACCAGAAGCUCAGCAGGUUUCUGGAAUCAGUACCAAGCCUUCCUUAACACCAGUAAUGAGCCAAAUGAUGACCCGACUGGACUCCAAGAAGAGAAUGAGUCAACAAAAUCCCCAUCUCAAUCUCAAAUGGAUCCGAUUGUCUCUGAAGAGGUUGGGGAAGAGUCUAGUGAGGGGUGAUAAUUCAAGUCAAUCUGAUUGACUGUCUGAUGUUUUGGUGUUUUCAAUCAAUGUUUAUGUUUUGUGAAACUGUAUGGACUUUUGCGUAGUACUGCUUCCUUAACACAUUUCAAGUAGCCAGUCUGUUUGAUAGUCAGAGUAAAUAUGUUUCUAUGUGGAAGUUGUGAGUCAAUCAACUUGGUCUUGUGUUUAAAAAAAAAGAGAGCGCUAUUGUACAAAUAAAGAUAAAAAAAAUGUUCAAGAUGUAAGAAUUUGAGUCCAGUUAUUGCUGGAAUUGUUAAAAUAAGUGAUAUUACCUUUGUCUCCCUUGUCUGGCUCAGUGGUUCUCAAACUAAAGGUAUGAAACUCUGUGGGAGAAAAAUAUUUGUCAGUUUGCCGAUGCCUUCAUGUUGACCUUUAUUUCACUAAAAACUUUUAUCAUUACUUUCUUCCCUACAAUUCUUGAUGACUUGGGUUGGGAGGUAUGAACUUGUUUUGGCUACUUAGGGAGGGUAAACCAGAAAAAGUUUCGAGAACCACUACGCUGGCUAAUGAUCUUAAUAGUUUGAAGCACAUUCUAACAUGAAAAAAAAUCUAUGUUUGGACAUGAAGAAAGAGUAUCCCUGUUGUAUCAGUGUUUCAUACCAGACCUGGGUCAAGUAAUUGACAAUUAAUGCUUGAAAUUACCACUAGGCCCAAAUGGUUCACCAUAUUUGAAUAAUGAUGAUGCUUAUUACUGAGUCAUCAGAAAGUAAUCUAAUAGAAUAGAAUUUUUUAUAAUUUUAUGUCAUUAUAUAAACCUUUUGGUACUCAUCAUCAUGUACCAAAUCUGAUCCAAUUGGCACCAAAGGAGGCUUCAUUGAACAUUUCUUGAUAAAUGCUACAACCUGGGUCUGUUUCAUGUCUGUAGUCAGUCCUUGAGUUAUAGAGAAAACUGAUAUAAACGGAAAUUAGAAAUUUAGAUCAGUGAAACAAAAUUUAGCUUUGCAAGAGAAAACAAGGCCAACAAUAUGAAGAUUAUUUUCUGUGGGCAAUAUUAAGUCUUUUGUCCCCAUCCUGUGAUUCAGAUAAACUCCUCCCUCGUGUCAUUGUGCUUUACUUUUCACUUUAUUGUCCUGUCAAACCAGAAGCACAGCUGCAGUGUUUGUGAAACAAGUGAGGACAUGGUCCUUUGUGUGACCUUUGACCUUCAGCUUCGUGAAUAUUUUGAUUGUUGUUUGGUCGUAAUGUAUUAUCUGUAACAUGUUUUCAGAUACUAAAGUUACUAAAACUUUAAGUUACUAUAUACACUAUAUCAGAAGUCUGUGUCUGUCUGUUCUUAACUGUACAUUCAGUAUCUCCAUAUUAA